AUGAUUUUUAUUAUUUUUAAGGGUUUAUCAGCUCUCGAUGUUCUUCACGAAUCCGGCCUUUUAAAUUUAUUUGGAAAAUAUUCUGAUUUAGAUCAUCUUGAAGUUGCACCAAUUCUUUUAAAACGAGGAUGUACCAAAAUUGCUUUGUAUGGGAUUGGAAGUCAGCGUGACGAUCGUUUGGCGCGGGCUUUUUCGAAAGGAAAGAUAAAAUUCAAACGUCCGGAAGAUGAUGAUUGGUUUUAUAUUCUUGUUCUUCAUCAGAAUCGUCCUCCUCGUAGCAAACUUCGAAGUACAAAAUCACAUGUUUCAUUCAAAUGUAUUCCCGAUUUUUUUGAUGUUGUUAUUUGGGGUCAUGAACAUGAGUGCCUUAUUGAUCCAGAUUUCAAAUCUUUUGACGUUAAUGGACAAAACAAAUCUUUUUAUAUUAUUCAACCAGGAAGUACAGUUGCUACUGCAUUAAGUACUGAAGAAGCAAAAAGGAAGCAUAUUGGAAUUAUGUAA